AUGGCGCCUCCGAUCACAGCCAGGUAUGACUGGAUCUUGGCCAUCACUUCGAUUGCAUUCGUUUUCAGUGCCUUUGGUAACGGAGCCAACGAUGUCGCCAACUCAUACGCCACGUCUGUGGCAGCCAGAACUCUCACCAUGCCGCAGGUCGGGUUCCUCUCCAUGAUCACCGAGUUCGUGGGUGCCGUUGCCCUUGGUUCUCGCGUUACCAGUACAAUCAAGAACGGUAUCAUCAGCAUUGACCGUUUCCAAGAUCGCCCGGGAGCAUUGAUGCUGGCGAUGGGAUGCGCCGAGGUUGGCAGCGCCACAUGGUUGAUGCUCGCAACAAGCUGGGGUUGGCCCGUUUCCACCACUCAGACCGUCAUCGGAGCUUUGAUCGGCGUCGGGUUCGCAUCCCAAGCAGACAUCAAAUGGGCCUGGGCUUCUGGCAGUGUAUCCCAAACCGCGGCGUCGUGGGCAAUCGCACCUCUGAUCGCAGCGGGCUUCUCGGCAUUGAUCUUUGGCACCGUCAAAUACGCUGUUCUGGAGCGGCGAGAUCCAUUCAAAUGGGCUAUGAGACUGAUCCCGUUCUACUUCGCCACCACGGCCGCCAUCCUUGCCCUGUUCAUUGUCGUGGAGGCUCCGACUGCACCAUCGCUUGAAGAGUUUGGCGCAGGCAAAGCUGUGGGUAUAGUCCUCGGCGUGUGGGCCGGGGUUCUGGUCAUCUGUUACAUUUUCUUCAUGCCUUACUUCGAACGCCGCCUGGUGAAGCAAGAUUCUCGUGUCAAAGCCUACCAUAUACCCCUGGGUCCACUUCUGCGCAGAGAAAACCCACCUUUAUAUUUCCCAGCCAAGGACGACGGUAAAUAUGUGAUCGACUACUAUGAGGAUCCAUAUGCCGACAACAAGCAAUCUACCUCGUCGGUCAAUUCGCUCAAGGACGAGAAGCACUCUCCAAUGAACAAUGACGAGCCAGUCAUCGCAGAUACUUCGGCUCUGGAAGAAGGACAGAGCGCAAGCGAUCUAGGCCCCAGUGUCGUUGCUCGAAAGCGAGUCUUGACGCCGAGAGAGCGAUGGAUCGACCCUGUCAAAGAACUCAGCUGGACCAACCCCCAACGGUGGUGGAGUUACUUCAAAUUCGGUUUCCUGAGAGGCGUUACCAUGGACUGUGUCACUCAUGACUCGGCGAAAUUGCGAGCAAUCCACGCCCGAGCCAACAAGUACGAUGUGCGCAUCGAGCAUCUGUGGACUUAUUGUCAGGUUGCUUCUGCCAUGUUGAUGUCAAUUGCUCAUGGCAGCAACGACGUGGCCAAUGCCGUCGGUCCCUGGGCUUCAACGUAUGAAACUUUCCGGGCCGGCGUGGUUGACACCACUUCGGAUACUCCUGUUUGGUUCCUGGUCAUCGCUGGUUUCUUGCUGGGCGCGGGUUUCUGGUUCUAUGGCUAUCAUAUUAUGCGCGCCAUGGGAAACAGGAUCACCCGGAUGUCGCCGACUCGAGGAUUCAGCGCCGAGUUGGGUGCUGCCGUCACUGUGUUGCUCGCGUCUCGUCUGUCUCUUCCAGUGAGCACUACCCAGUGCCUCACUGGUGCCACGAUGGGUGUGGCACUAAUGAACUAUGAUAUUGGGGCUGUGAACUGGCGACAGCUGGCUUUCAUCUUCAUGGGCUGGGUUUUGACCUUGCCAUGCGCUGGACUGAUUUCUGGAUUGAUGUGUGUCAUGGCUCUCAACACUCCACAUUUCUAG